UGUCCACACCCUGCAACCAGCCCACAGGAGCCACAGCACCCCGCCCUGUGACAGCGCUCCACGCCGCCUGCCCCGCUCCGCUCCACACCGCCAGCUCCUGCCCUGCUCCCAGCGGCGCCCCUUCUAUGCCAGGAUGUCGGACCCUGAAACUGCCCAGAAUGCCAGCUGCAUGAGCCAGAUCCUCUCCUACUUCAGGACCAGGAAGGGAGCCAUCCUCCUCUCGGAAUCGGUGCUCUGUCUUAUAAUCCUAAUAUGUUUUGCUGCUUCCCGGUCCCCAGGAUACCUAGGAGUUGCCAUCACAGAACUCAUCUUCUGUAUUGUUUUCUAUAUUAUUUUUGCUGUUCAGUUCAAUCAGCAGCUUCAGUUUAUUCACUGGGGCUGGACGGAUUUCCUUCGUGCUGCCAUCGGCUCUGCAUUAUUGAUAAUAACGUCUAUUAUCUCUCUGGUCCGCGGAGGUGAUGGAGCCGCCAUUGCUGGAGCAGUAUUUGGACUUCUCACCGGUAUACUGUUUGCCUACGAUGCGUACACGACAUUCCCCCAGCUUCGGAGGACACACGCUCCAGCGGCAACCGAACCCCAAGAUAGCCCUUAAACCUCAGAGCUACAAAGUUGACAGAGCCCCUCGGUCUCGCUUGCAGAAAGAGCUGCGUUCUCCAUGGAGAUUUGACCUUGAAGGAAAGUCCAGAUCUGAAACACGGAGUCUACUUUACAACGAAUCACAUGAAUACGUGUAUUUAAAACUAGAAGCAU